AUGGAACUACUACCUGAAGGCAAAAGAAAUACUACUCAAGUUACCUAUGAAGACCAACAGAAAAUCAACGAAUUCUCAAAACUGAUAAUGAGAAAAGAUUCGAUUGAACAGGAAUUAUCAAAGGAAAUGCAGGAAAAGGAAUAUCUAGAUGAUGUAUCUUUGGAAAUUGAAUUGAUUGAUGAAGAUGAGAAGGUUCAAUACAAGAUUGGUGACAUUUUCCUGUUUUUUAAACAAUCUGAAGCUGUAGAACAAUUAGAAAAGGAUGUAGAAUCGAUAGAUGCCAAAAUAGAAGAACUGCAGAAUAAACAAUCUGAUAUUGAUUCCAGAGUCAGUGCAUUGAAAACUGAAUUAUACGCCAAGUUCGGUGACAACAUUAAUUUAGAACGUUAA